UGAUUCCCUCUGUGAUAUAACAUCCCUAUCUGGUAUGAAGACCUCACCACUCACUCAACAGUGACAAAACUGAGGGGAAUAAUGGCAGGUAACUGAAAUAUGGAAGAUGCAGACUCAUUUUUAUUCAAAUUUAAAGGAUAUCAUUUUGGUCGUGAAGAACUUGAUAUUGGAUUUAUAGAAAAUUUAGAUGAUUUUGUAAUCAGAGAAAGUGAUGUCUUCAUUAUUACAUACCCCAAAUCUGGAACCAGCUGGUUUCAGCAGUUAUUAAGCUUGAUUUAUUUUGAAGAACAUCGCAAAGGCAUUGGGAAUCUGGAAACAGUUGAUCGAGUCCCCUUCUUCGAGUACAACUUUCGAAAAAUGGAUUUUGUUGAAAGACCAUCUCCUCGUCUCUUUGCUACCCACCUCCCAUACUACUUGGUUCCAAGGGGGCUGAAGAACAAAAAAGCAAAGAUUAUUUACAUAUACAGAAACCCUAAGGACAUUAUGUGCUCAUAUUUCCACUUUUCAAAGAAUGUGACAUUACAAGUUACAAGUUCCUUUGAGGAAUUUAUGGAACAAUUUCUAGAAGGAAAAGUGUUGGGAAGCCUUUGGUUUGACCACAUCAAAGGUUGGUAUGAGCACAAAAGCCUCUUCAACAUUCAGUUCUUGAUGUAUGAGGAGGUGAAGAAGGAUCUCAAAGGUUCUCUGUCAAAAGUCUGCAAGUUUUUGGGGAAAGAGCUGAGUGAGGAGGAAAUGGAUUCCAUUGUGAGACAGGCCACAUUUCAGAACAUGAAAUAUGACCCACGGGCAAAUUACAAGAAUAUAAUAAAGACCCGAUAUGGAUUAGAAGCUAAAGGUCAUUUCCUUCGCAAAGGUACCAUUGGAGACUGGAAAAAUCACAUGACUGUUGAGCAGAAUGAAAGGUUUGACAAGAUUUUCCAAAGGAAAAUGAAAGAUUUUCCCUUGAAGUUCAUCUGGGAUAUGAAUGAAGAAUAGAAUUUUAAGCAAUGCAAACUAUUUUA